UUGUGUAUUUGUUUUAGUUUGACCACGGAGAGCCAGCGGACUCACCGGCGACAGGCUGAUCUUUAUAAAAACGAAAGGGAAGAAUGAUUUGGGACACAGAAUAGCAAAAGAACUGAGUUAUCACUCGCGUCCUUGUCACCUGGAGGAUUUACUUUACCGCGGUAAAGCCAUGGAACCAUCUCUGACCGGCAACCCAGCCACCCCGAAACCCAGCCCCUCAUCUCCUUCCACCCUGAGGCCGGGCCCUUUCUCUGCCGCCUCGUCUUCGACAACAACCGCACCAACCUCAGACCGCCUUCAGCCUAAACUCACCCUGCCAACACCUCAGACCACACCCUCAUCUUCUCCCUCCACUGCCUCCCCUCGAACCUCUCCAUGUCUUUCCUCCCGUUCGUCCUCCCUGUCCACACCGCCUGCCUCCCCUCUACGCCAGCCCAUCAGGAGCCCCUCGCAGGUGGGCAGAUCUCAGCUUAACGCCGCCUCCACGGGGAUUCCCUCGACUGCAUUCACAGUUGCUGGAGCGGCCGCCGUGGCUCAGCAGCCUCCUCCCACACCUGAAUCAGAAGAGCCAGAGGAGGAGGUCAGUCUUGAGGAUUUGGAGGAGAGAGCAAAGUCAGGCGAUGCUCGAGCACAGAGCAAGAUGGGACGUUACUUCCUGGCCCUGGCAGAGGAACAAGAUGAAGAGCUGAACAACUGCACAGCGGUCACUUGGCUAGUCCAGGCUGCUAAACAAGGACGCAAGGACGCCGUCAAACAGCUGCAGCGGUGCUUAGCCUCCAGGAAAGGCAUCACUCUGGAGAACAUGGAGGUGGUGAAGAAGUUGUGUACAGAGACGCGCUUUGAGAGAGGAGUCAGGAAAGCAGCUCUGCUGAUGUACUGGAAGCUGAAUCCGGAGAAGAAGAAGUCGGUGGCUGUUUCUGAGAUGCUGGAGAACGUCGAACACGUCCACACAGAGCCAGGCAAACCAAUGUCGCCAGGGCCACUAAACAGCUCUGCCAAGAAACAGAGGAGAGUCCUGGAGACUAUGGUCUCCAGUGAAGCCAGAUGCCAAGUGGGUCUUGACGACUUUGUUGAGAUGACUAAGAAGUAUGCUCAGGGUGUUGCCCCUUCACCAGUCAUGGCUACAGCAGGAGACGACGACGACGACGACGAUGAUGAUGAUGAUGUGGUGGUGAAGAAUCCAGAUAAUUUGCCCUUACACCAAAAGUUGCUGAAGUUCCCUCUGUUCGCUUUGCUGGAGAUCAAGGAGCACCUCAUCGACUGGGCGUCACGGGCCGGCAUGCAGUGGCUCAGCGCCCUGAUCCCCACGCACCACGUCAACGCACUCAUCUUCUUCUUUAUCAUCUCCAACCUCACAAUCGAGUUCUUCAUCUUUCUCAUCCCUCUGCUGGUUUUCUACCUUUCAUUCUUCUCCAUGAUCAUCUGCACACUGCGGGUGUUUCAGAAUUCAAAAGCUUGGGAAAACUUCCGGGCUCUGACUGACCUGCUGACGCACUUUGAACCCGGUCUUGAUCUGGAGCAGGCUGAGACCAACUUUGGAUGGACGCACUUAGAGCCUUAUCUGUACUUCCUGCUCUCUGUGAUCUUUGUGGUUUUCUCUUUCCCUGUUGCUGAUAAAUCCUGGAUCCCCUGCUCAGAGUUGGCUGCUGUCACUCUCUUCUUCACCGUCACCGCCUUCCUCAGCCUUCAUGCCUCUGCUCAACUCUUCGCUCGUAGGGCCCUCCUUACCGAGGUCCUCUCCGGAGUGUGCUCCCUCACCCACCUCCUGCCGGACUCCCUCCCCUGGUUCCUCAGGGUCUUUGGGAUGACGUUCAUCACCGUGCCUCUAGGGGACAACGUGGUGUUGAACCUGGGGGUGCCAUGUCUGCUGUAUGGACACCUUUUCUAUCUGCUCUUCCGUAUGGCCCAGCUCAAAGGCUUCAAGGGCACCUACCUGUGUCUGGUGCCCUACAUGGUGUGCUUCACCUGGUGUGAGCUCAGCUUGGUGUUCCUUAAUAACGCCACUGCAAUAGGACUCAUCCGCACCUCCGUCGGCUACUUCCUCUUCUUGUUCGCCCUUCCCGUCUUCUCACUAGGCCUGGCUGCAAUGCUCAUCAUCCAGUUACUGCAGUGGUUCCUCGCUCUGGAGGUGACCAAGAUGGUGGUCACCUUGAUCAUUUGCUUCGUGCCAGUAGUGCUGAGGCUUUGGACUCGCUUCAGCCUCAACCCCAUCGGGGUUUUUCGCUCUUUGUCACGGAGCAGCGUUGUGAAGCUCAUCCUGGUGUGGCUCAGCGCGGUGGUGCUCUUCUGCUGGAUGUACGUCUACAGGUCCGAAGGCAUGAAGGUUUAUAACUCCACCCUGACGUGGCCCGAGUACAGCAGCCUCUGCGGCCCAAUCGCCUGGAAAGAGGCCAACAUGGCCCAGACACAGAUUCUCUGCUCUCAUCUAGAAGGACAUCGCGUCACGUGGACUGGACGCUUCCGAUACGUCCGUGUGACCGACAUUGAGAAUGGGCCACAGUCGGUUAUCAACCUGCUGCCUGUGUUUGUGGGGGACUGGAUGCGGUGCCUGUACGGUGAGCCAUAUCCUUUGUGUGAGGAGGUGAAAAACGUCACAGCCGAGCCCCAGCCUCUGCCUGCCCCGGCUCCUCCUCCAGGAGAUCCCCUCUGUAAACUCAAAAAGCUCGCCAAGCACGAAUGUCACAUCAAGCGCUUCGAUCGAUACAAAUUUGAAGUGAAAAUGGGCAUGCCGCUGGAGAGGAAGACCAGGAACGGCACGAUCGUAGAGGACGAAGAUGCGACUAAGGACAUAGUACUGCGGGCCAGCAAUGAGUUCAAGUCCAUGCUUUUAUACUUGAACACAGGAAGCCUGGUGGAGUUCAGCACCAUACUGGAGGGCCGCUUAGGCUCCAAAUGGCCCGUGUUUGAACUGAAAGCCAUUCACUGCAUGUCGUGCGGUGAUGCGCGCUUGCCCAGCAGCAGGCAGUACAAGAUUGAACACGACUGGAGGCGCACGGCUCAGAAUGCCCUGCAGUUUGGUUUUGACUUCUUCUUCAACCCCUUGCUGACCGCUCAGCUACAGCAACACUCGGAGACUGUGACUCAGGAGGAGGGGUAGAGACCUGGCCAACACACCUCUGGGAGAAAAAUAAGUUGUAUGAUACUGAUAUUACUAGUUGAAGAACAUUAAUGAUUGUAAAUCACUCUUCUCAACACUGUAAGAGGGUGAACACAUAUUCAGAAUUUGUGGCAUCUGUCCGGUUGUAGAUCUGGUCGUUUGUAAUCGAAUAGCUUUUGAGCCAAAAUAUGUCAGAACUCAAAAUAUAAGCACAGCAAGUACUAGUACACCACAGACAAACUGCACCAGAGUCCGCUUGGAAGUGGACCGCGACCCACUUCUUCAGGCGGUCUCGGUUUGGUUGUUUGGUCCGCACCAGGGUUUUCACACCAGCCCAAACGACCCGUACUAACCGAGCAAACAGACCUGAGUUUGUGCUAACCGAACCAAACGGGUUACGUGUGAAAGCACCCUGACAAAGGGGAGAAACACAUUCUAAAAGUGUUUUUUAGAAUAAGUAAUUUACUGCCGAACACUAAUAAAACACAAUUAAAACCAAAGUCUAUUAAUGAAGUAACUUUGAUUUUGUUUUACAAACACUGGGUGUGCUGAACCAAUUUCUAUGUACGUAUCAAAUAUUUGUACCCAAAAUCACCAGUAUUUACAUUUUACAGUGUCCUUGCUGAACUGUCGUUGUUGUGUCUGUGGACGACAGGUUGUAGAAGAAUAGGUUUCUUCUUUACAACCGGUUGUCAUGCUGAUGAUAACUUGAAAGGGUUUCCUUUGCUGUCGAGCUUUAAUCAUUUAACAUUAGACGGUGUGCUGUAUGUGCAGUGUGUAAUUGUAGUGGGAGAUUAUUUUGAAGUGCCUUAUAAAACACUCUGUUGAAAAAUAAUUUUGAAGAAAAUACACUAAAUCAUGACUUUAAUCCUUAACCCUUAAAAAGCGUAGACGUUUAUCUCUGCCCUCCUUCCUUGUUCUCUGCUGUGCAGAGAUUAAUAAUAUUGAACAUUUGCAGUCCCUGAGUGAUGUGUUCUGAAGUUAACUACUGUUUUCUUUACUGUGACCCAUAAACAUAAUGAAAACA